AUGGAUCCCCCAAGCUUGAAACCCCCACUGGAGUUGAUCAACGUUGUUUGGGCGUCGCAUAUUCUCUCAUUGCGAAACCCCCACACCAUUACCGCAUCAGACAAGGCUUUGCAGGCCAACCAAGACCUCAGUGAUGGCGAGGAGGAGGACUUUGACGAUGGUGGACCUGACGAUGAUACCAACAGCGACGUGCUCCGUCAGAAGUUCCUCGAUUGCAUCAGUGAACUUCUUGCACACACCAAAGGCGGAGAUUUCGUGACAGCCACAGCUCUCAGAGAGAAUGAAGAUAAUGUUGAAGUGGACGUCGCUCGUAACAAUGGUCUCAACCUUGAGGACGAAGCGUAUUUGGGUGAUCUAAAGCAGUUCCUUGCCAUGCAAGCCGAGGACGUCUCGCAUCAGAAGCGCGCCGAGUUUUCCCACGCAUUCUUAGACAGAACCAUUGCGUAUAGCGCAAGAAGGGUGGAUACGCAAGCUGAAGCUGUGGCAAAACUUCUGAAGGGCUCGCCGUACCGGCCUUUGCCGCACUCGGUCUCAAAAGAGGAAACAGAAGACAACUGUCUGCUUGGCUGUUGCUCUGCUCCACAGGAGCCAAUACCUAACAAUGCACAGAAACUCCUCUUGGACUUUUUGAAUCGCGAUUUCCUACACUCGAAGUUGCCCUCGACCGAAUUCCAAGAUGAGCAAAGACGCAAAAUCGUGCAACUCGCGGCCGCUACUGCUUGUUCAGAAGGGGCCAGACAGGCUACACAAGGCGCACUGGAGACAAUGGUUCCUUCUGUGAAUCCACAUAAGGCCAUCAAAAUGUGGCGUGUCCUAGCACGGGCAGUAACCUGUCUCCGUAUCCUUUCACGGAUUGCAAGUCUGCUCCCCAACUUCCGGGCUGUCACUUUUAUCCCCAUAUCACCUCCAGCCCCCUUCUUUCUCCAUAAACGCGAGAUUUUGACAAUCAAAAAGGUAUGGAAGCGCCUCGGUCUACACAUGGAGCCAAAUGGGCGUAUUCCGGCUGCUCUGGCACAAAAAAAUGACAAGUUUAUGAGCGAGUGCCGAUCCGCCCUCUACACUCAUUGUGAAAUACAGCUCUUGACGCGCUACGAGACGCAGCCUUCACUAAGCCCAACAAUGGCUUAUUUUGGAUGCAGCAAGAAAGCCUGUUUCCUUUGCGAGAAAUUUCUGACCCUCUCGCCGUGGAAUAUCCGCACCCAGGGCAGGCAUGGAAAGUGCCAUCCUCGAUGGGCAGUCCAGCCGUGUACUUCCGAAAGCACAAGACAAAGACUAAGAAGCUUAUGCGAUAUUGUAAAGGAGAAGAUAAAGGCCAGACUCAACGGAAGCCAUACUCCUGCUCCAGCUGCUAUUCAUCAGUCGUCUGCCGUAUCAGAGUUAAGAUUCCAAGCAUAUGAUUGA